AUGGUGGAUCUUCCCAAGGACACCCUCACGUUUCCGGACUCCGACCAAGCAUUCUUGGAGCCAUACCUGCCUCCGCAGAAUGAGAAAGAAGCGAAUAGUUCCGAUCUUCCAUUCACGACGCUCACAUUCGCAACUUCUCUAGACUCAUCUCUCGCCCUCUCUCCUGGGACUCGCACCGUCCUGUCCGGACCACAAUCCAAAGCCAUGACACAUUACCUCCGGUCACGCCAUGACGCGAUUCUGAUUGGCGUGGGGACGGCGGUUGCCGACAAUCCCGGUCUAAACUGUCGCUUAAAGGGUGUAGGAGGAUACGGGGGGGCCCAGAAACUCCAGGGCCAGCCGCGGCCGAUAGUAGUUGAUCCCAAUGCCCGGUGGGACUUUGAUGAUCUGUCAAAGAUUCUGGUGCUGGCUAGGGAGGCACGUGGGAGGGCUCCUUUUAUUAUCACUGGUCCUCGAAUGCCCUCCUCUUCCUUCAAGAAGAAGCGGCGGGAGCUUCUCGAAAGCUACGGGGGCAAAUUCAUUGCCCUCGACGUGGUCGAGGACGACAAGGGACAACGGAAAUUCGACUGGGGAGAUCUCUUGCGGUGUCUUAAGAGGGAAGGUCUCCAUAGCGUGAUGGUGGAAGGCGGAGGGUCGGUUAUUAAUUCUCUCCUGGACCCUUCGUUUCACGGUUUAGUCGACUCCGUGAUCGUGACUAUUGCGCCGACGUGGUUGGGUCGGGGUGGGGUGGUGGUCUCGCCAGAACGCAGAUUCGAUGAGAACGGCACCGCCAUUGCAGCGUCACGACUGCGGAAUGUCCAAUGGCAUCCGUUCGGAGAAGAUGUUGUUCUGUGUGGAAGAAUUAAAUCAUAG